AUGGGAGCUAACGACCGUCCUAACAGUCGAAUAGCAGCUAACGACCGUCCUAGCAGUGGAAUAGCAGCUAACGACCGUCCUAACAGUCGAAUAGCAGCUAACGACUGUCCUAGCAGUGGAAUAGCAGCUAACGACCGUCCUAACAGUCGAAUAGCAGCUAACGACUGUCCUAACGGUCGAAUAGCAGCUAACGACCGUCCUAGUGGUCGAAUAGCAGCUAACGACCGUCCUAGCGGUCGAAUAGCAGCUAACGACCGUCCUAGUGGUCGAAUAGCAGCUAACGACCGUCCUAGUGGUCGAAUAGCAGCUAACGACCGUCCUAGUGGUCGAAUAGCAGCUAACGACCGUCCUAGUGGUCGAAUAGCAGCUAACGACCGUCCUAGCGGUCGAAUAGCAGCUAACGACCGUCCUAGUGGUCGAAUAGCAGCUAACGACCGUCCUAGUGGUCGAAUAGCAGCUAACGACCGUCCUAACAGUCGAAUAGCAGCUAACGACCGUCCUAGCGGUCGAAUAGCAGUUAACGAUCGUCCUAACAGUCGAAUAGCAGCUAACGACCGUCCUAGCGGUCGAAUAGCAGCUAACGACCGUCCUAGCAGUGGAAUAGCAGCUAACGACCGUCCUAGCAGUGGAAUAGCAGCUAACGACCGUCUUAACAGUCGAAUGGGGGUGUUAACGAGCGUACAGACCCAGUAG